AUGUCCCCAACGACCUCUUCGAGCCCGAGAGCGAAUGAUUCCCCGGAGACGUCCAAGCGCCGCUACAAGGUGGCCAGUCGUUACCUAGCCGAAGGGCGUACCCACAAGCAGUCGUGGUUCCUCGCUUUCCGAGAAGUGCCUCGUGCGCAAAUCGGCACCUCCACGCCCCCAACAUCCCAGCCCAGCAUCGUCGUGUCUCAGUGCUCUCAAGCGAGCAACUACUACAGCGCCGGAGCCACCUCGUGGACGAGUGGUGUCGUGAGCUCGCGCCUCGUGUGCCAAGUUUGCAACUAUCUCAAUAGCAUGGCGGAUGUGCGCUGCGAGCACUGCAGGACGGACUUGCCGGGGGCGGCCACGAAGCUCAAAAUUUUGCUCAAGCGCGUGCAGGUGGUGCAGUCCAAGGGCGCGGCGAUCGACGCCACCGUGGUGUGCCAGGUCUGCGAGACGCUGAACGUCAUGGCGGACGCUGUGUGCAGGGACCCCGACUGCAACGAAUCACUUCCGAACGACGCCGAGAAGCUCCGCAUCGUCGUUCGCCGCAUCGAACUUGUCAAGCACGCACCACAGUCCGCCUGA